AUACUGUAAAAACUGUGCUAGUAUUUGUACUAUUACUGCAGCACAAUUUAAGAAAGAAAAGCCUUACAGUUGGAACAAACAGCUUUGUGUUUGCGUGUUAUUUUUGUUCCUGAGGAGACCACUUUACGGCAAUAAGAUAUUUGGCUAACAGGAGUGAAGAGUCCCUUCUGCUAUACAACAGGGACUUUCUUGCUGUUUUGAACCUCUGACAAGUGUGACCCCAUCCCAUCACUGUUUCUUGAUCUGCCUCUGAACUGACCAAGAGCAGCUCUAUCUUGCCUGGAUAGGUGAACAUGGUGACAUUUCAAGGUGGUUCCUAAGCAUAUUUUAAAGACUGAGAUCAUGGAUUCCCUGGAGGAGAGUGAGGAAGAGGAUGACAUACAAAAACCAUUGCAAUCUCAUGAAACCUAUUUAUGUCAAGGCUUGAAACAGCUCUACCAGGCUCAACAACUUUGUGAUGUCACCUUGGGAGUCGAAGGACGGCGUUUUCCUUGUCAUAGGAUGCUGUUGGCAUCAGUCAGUCCCUAUUUCAGAGAUAUUUUCAUCAAUUCCAACAAUGAAUCACAAAAUGGGGAGAUCCAACUCAAGGAUAUGACUGCCUCCACAAUCCACAGCCUGUUGGAGUAUCUCUACACAGAGGAGUUGUCACUGACAGCAGACACUGCCCAGGACCUCUUCACUGCAGCUAGCAAGCUCCAGAUUCUUCCACUGAAAGAAACAGCUGGAAGGUUUCUUGAGAUGAACAUCUCCAUGAGUAAUUGCCUCAACCUAUACAGUCUGGCCCAUCAACACAAUCACCAAACUCUGAUCCAAGCAGCCUCAGACUACAUCAAGCAACACUUCGGAUCUCUUUCUAAGCAGGAUGCCUUCCUGAAUCUGGAACACAGUGCUCUGAGCAAUCUAAUCACCUCAGACAACCUGGAGGUGCCAUCUGAACUUGUCAUCUACCAUGCUGUGCGCAACUGGGUAGAGUUUGCAACCUCCGUACGUCUCCCAAUGUUUAAGGAGCUCCUAGGACAUGUCCGCUUUCCACUGCUCACCCAUGUGGAGCUCAUUGAUGUUCAGGCUGACAUUGCAGAGUAUUACAGACAUGUGCGUUUGAGGUGGAAAGAUCUGGAUGGGGCAGGGCGGCUGAAAGAGAGCGGUGGGCUCCGGAAGGGAAUGUUUGAUUAUUGUUUUGUGUGUUUGGAGGUCAAUGAAAGCAGGGCCCAGGAUGGGGAUGACCAUGAAUCUCACUUGCACUGUUUUGAUCCCCAUGCAGAGAAGUGGGAAAAGUUGCCACCUGUGAAAUAUCUUAGCUAUUCUGGAUGUGCAUCUGUGGACUGCAAACUUUACUUAUCUGGAGGCCAGAAGGAUAACUGCACAUUUGUCAACACUCUGCAUGAGUACAACUCCUUGACCAGCCAAUGGACACAGCUCUCCUCCAUGUCCACAGUCCGGGCCCUCCACCCAUUCCUAGCUUGUGAUAAGAAGCUCUAUGCUCUAGGAGGCUGCAAUGAAUCAGGCCCCCUCUGUUCUGUUGAGGUUUUCAAUGUGGUUCGGAAUUCUUGGACUCCUAUUUCUAAUUUGCCCCUCUCCUUGAUGUAUCCUGCUUCAACUGUGCUCAGAAAUAAGCUUUACCUCAUAGGUGGGAAAGCCUCCAGGAGCUACAGGGGCCUUCUUAUUUAUGACACAAACACUGACUGGUGGACUGAGAUAUCCAUGGAGUUUGCCUGCUAUGGAGCCACAGCUGUCUCCUUUGGUACGGGGGUGUAUGUUUUUGGUGGGUACACAGAGGAACGGGGCAAUUUUCUGGCCCAAGGUGCACUGGCCGCUGAUGAGGUUCCUUGCUGCACUAAAGGAAGCUUUUACCUCAAUGAGAAUGGCAGAGUGAGCUGGGAAAUCAGAAUCCCAGAGUUGCCUGUGGCUUUAGCCUUUGCUUGUGCUGCCGAGUGGCAAGGCAAGAUUUACCUUUUAGCCGGCAAAGAUGAGAAUUCUUCAUAUAACACAAGUUACAGCUGGGUCCCAGAGGACACAAGCUGGACUCGGUGCCCAGAAGAGAUCCCUGUCAGCAACGAGGCACAAAUUGUCAGCUGUGUAACCCUCAAGAUGCCUAAAAAGCCACUCCGAUCCCUUCUGCUAGAGACAGUGGCAUCCUCAGCCGUCAUUGGGGUGGAUAACACCAAGAGAGGAGGACAGGCAAGCUCUUCAGCUCGGCAGAGCUGCAGCCUUAACUGCUGUUGGGGUGGAAGAUGAUCUAAAAAGCUUUCAGUUAUCUUAGUCCUUUUGUUUUCAGCCAAUGGAUUCCCAUCAGAGAGGUCUAUCUCUUCCUAAAGUUGGACUUUCCUUUUGUUCCCAGUGCUUAUUUAGUUCAAGAUAAUGAUGGUACUACUUGAGAUUGGACAAGAUGGUUGAAUAAAUAUCGCCCAUACACACACACUUCUGUGCCAUUCACCCUUUCUACUAUUACAUCUGUGCUAGACUCUUAUUAAAAGGACUCCUAAAGUCUG